AUGAAGUUCCAACCUUCGCGGCCGUCCUCUGACGGCUUCCUCGUCAAGCAGCUCCGGAAGAUCAUCCCAUUAUGCAUUGCCGGCAUUUUCAUCUUACUAUACCGCAAUGCCGUGACUGGUGGCUCUGCAGAGUCUGCACCAUCCGUUGUGGGCAAGUUUCCACGAAAGAUCUGGCAAUCGUGGAAAGUCGGCCCUCUCUCCUUUGAACUGAGGGAUUCGGAUCGGGCGAAGACGUGGACGGUGAAAAAUCCAGGAUAUCGAUACGAGGUGCUCACCGAUGACAAUGCCAUGCACUAUGUGGAAGAUCACUUCGGUCCGCUAGGUCUCAAUCGACCGGAUAUUGUGCAUACCUACAAGUCACUCAAUGACCCAAUCAUCAAGUCCGACCUACUACGGUACCUCAUCAUGUAUGCGGAAGGCGGAGUGUACGCGGACAUUGACGUCGAAGCCCUGAAGCCUUUGGAGCUCUUCAUUCCCGAUCGAUUCGACGAGAGAGAUAUCGACAUGGUGAUUGGCGUGGAGACGGACGAGCCGAGCUUCUUGGGCCACCCUGUCCUUGGCUCCAAGUCGCAAUCGUUCUGCCAAUGGACCUUUAUUUGCAAACCACGGCUUCCUGUAAUGAUGAGGUUAAUUGACGGCAUCCUUGCCUGGCUCAAUGAAAUGGCCAAGAAGCAGGGCAAAACAAUCUCGGAGCUCGAAUUGGAUUUCGACGAAGUCAUAAGCGGCACAGGGCCUUCUGCGUUCACCCAGGCCAUUCUUGCGGAAAUCUCCAAGCUUCGUGGCGAAGAUACGACAUGGGAGCACUUCCACAGCAUGCUAGAGUCGAAGGUCGUUGGACGAGUCCUCGUGCUGACGGUGGAAGCCUUUGCCGCCGGUACGGGGCACUCGGACUCUGGUAACCACGGCGGCAAGAGCGCGCUCAUCAAACACCACUUCCACGCCUCGUCGUGGCCGACGAGCCACCCUCGCUACAAGCAUCCCGUCUACGGUGAGGUGGAGAAGUGCAACUGGAACCCCGAAUGCGUCAAGCUCUGGGAUGCGAAUACAAAGUUCUUCGAUUCGCUUCCGGCGCAGGAGCAGGUGAAAUUGAUUGCGAUGAAGGAGUUGGAGGAUGCCAAUGCACCCAAGCCCGAGGAGGAAGCGCCGUUCGGUCAAGGCGGAGCGAAGCAGCCUGACGGUGCUGUCCCGAUACAGGCACCGUUCGUCGACGAGCCGGAGGGCUGGUAUCAAGGCGGUCCUGACGAUUUUGAGGACGAUCUCCAGGAAGACUUCAGGAUGCCGGCAGCACAACCGGUGGCCAAGCCUGAAGUCAAGGCUGACAUCAAGCCCGAUGCGAAACCGGAAACCAAGCCCGAAGCAAAACCCGACUCCAAACCUCAAGACAAGAAUGUUGACGGCAAACCAGAUGCCAAACUGGAAGUCAAAGACUCUAAAGUUGAACCCAAGCCGGAUGCCAAAGCUGAACCCAAGCCGGAGCCAAAGCCCGAAGUCAACGGUGAAGGCAAGGCUGGCGCGGUAUGGGGAUGA